UCAAGCCGUGUUAGUCCCCAAAGAAAUGCAUAACCAUCCCUGGAGAUCCGAGCCUCGCGAAGUCGCGAUGGAGUGGAGUGCUCCCUAAUCAAUCCGAGGCUGAAAACCCAAAUCAAGGAGUGAAUUCCAAGAACCAGAAAGGGCUUGAGGUUUGCACAGCUGCCCCUGGUUUUUGUUGCUGCAUGCCGCGUCGUCCGUGGAUCCAGCAGAGAAGAGCAAUGGAGGCGUUCUUCUGCCUGGCGCGGUGCCGGUUCACGCGUCUCAUGGUGGCGAUGCAGCUGACGAUGGGCGUGCUGGUGAUCUGCAUCAGCAUGGCCAGCCUCCACCGCUUCUACGCCACCAACUCCCUCCUCCCGGGGAUGCUGGACGGCAGGAACUGCGCCGGGUUCCACAGCAGCGUGGCCGACGGGUAUGCCGGCUUCGACAUCCGCGCGCUGUCGGACCGCGUGGACGACGUGCUGGUCCAGCUCGCGGAGCUCCAGGACAAGCUCGAGGCCACGGCGCUCAAGAUCACCAAGAAGAAGAAGAAGAAGGGCUCCCGCAAGCAUGAGCCGCCGCAGCAGGAGAACAUGACCAUGCUAGAGUUCCGCCGGUUCCUGGAGGACGAGGUGAUCCACCCGCUCUACGGCGCGCACAUCGCGCUCCGCCUCAUCCGCAUCCCCCACCCGGACCCUGACGCCGCAACCGAGGAUGCUAAUGCUUCCCCGGCGGUGGACCCGCUGGUGAACUUCUUCAUGGCGGAGGAGACGCGCAAGUACGUGACCACCAAGGGCAACCGCGACGGCAAGCCCAGCGUGUACGGGACCAACCGGACGUACGGCACCAUCGGGCACACGUGCGUGCUGAUGCGGCGGGAGCUGGACGAGUACAUGAGCUACGACGUGGGCUCCUACUGCCCCGACGACUGGGACCUCGGCCAGCGCCUCAUGCUCGGCGGCUGCGACCCUCUUCCCCGGCGCCGGUGCCUCACCAGGGCCUCCAAGCUCUUCACCCGCCCGCUCCCCAUCAACGAGUCGCUCUGGACGCUCCCGGACGACGGCAACGUCCGCUGGACACACUACCACUGCCGCGGCUACCGCUGCCUCUCCGCCAGGAACCCGCGCCCGGGUUACUCCCGCUGCGUCGGGUGCUUCGACAUGGACCGGGAGAAGCAGCGCUGGCUCAACAGCACAAAGAACGCGUCCAGCUUGACCGACUUCAGCAUCGACGAAGUCCUCGCGGUGAAGCCCGGCGGCGAUAUCCGGAUCGGGCUGGACGUGAGCGUGGGCACGGGCAGCUUCGCGGCGCGUAUGCGGGAGCACGGGGUCACCGUGGUGUCCACGGCGCUCAACCUCGGCGCGCCAUUCGCGGAGACGAUCGCGCUCCGGGGCUUGGUGCCGCUGUACGCUACCAUGAGCCAGCGGCUGCCGCUGUUCGACAACACCAUGGACCUGGUCCACACGGCGGGGUUCUUCGAAGGGUGGGUGGACCUGCAGCUGCUGGACUUCGUGCUCUUCGACUGGGACCGCGCGCUGCGACCCGGGGGGCUUCUGUGGGUCGACAAGUUCGUCUGCGCGCGCGCCGACCUCGACGACUACAUGUACAUGUUCCUGCAGUUCAGGUACAAGAAGCACCGGUGGGUCGUGUCGUUCAAGUCCAAGGACCAGGUGUAUCUCUCCGCAUUGCUCGAGAAGCCGCCCAGGUCAUGAUCUCGUACUACUAUGCUAGCUCGAUCCGUCCAUGAACCUGUGUAGUACGCAAAUUCCUGCUAAUUAGUUGCUCCAGUACUACGCACCAUGAAUUCACUCCAUUGAUCGAUGAUAAAAAUCUGUGUUCAGGCCUACUUCCCUGUAUCUUUUGUUGCCCUGCUGCUGUGUAAUUCCACUUCUGAUUCAAUUUGUAUCUAACAUGAUCGUGAAUAAAAUGCCGAGGAAGAGGCACCGUGUUCUCUUUU